AUGCCACCCAACAACAACAGAGAACUAGACAACGAAGAUGAAGACGAAUACUUCCUCCCCCUACAAGACCAACGAGUCUUCGGCGCAGGGAUCCGUCGCAAGCGCGUGCCAUUCGUGCGCUCCUCCGAACAACAUCAGCAACAUCUCUCUACCACCACCACCACACGGGUAUCAUCAUCCUCUGAGCCAGCAACACCUUCCUCUACUUCGACCGGGCAGAGUAUAGCGAAUAAAUACCUCUCGAUUGUUCUGUCGAAGUCGCAGUCGAAUCCCGCUACUCCGGAACCAGAACCGAGUUCGAGUUCACGACGGCCACAUAGUGAGCAGAAGGAGGAAGUUGAAGAAGAAGAAGAUGUUGAGAUUUGUCCCGUGUGUAACCUUCCAUAUACUACUACACCUACACACGACACAUCAGGAGGAAUAGGAGGAGAAGGAGAGGGAAGGAGGAGGCAUAUACAUGAAGCUACACUCCCGCAUCAACUGAGUCUCCCGCAUUCGCAUCCGCCGUCUCAUCUUGAUCGCACGCGGCCCGGACUGCGGUAUCUCGCGGCGUAUGGCUGGGAUCCGGACUCGCGGGUGGGAUUGGGACCUCAAGGAAGAGAGGGCAUACGGGAGCCGGUGAAGGGAAAGGUGAAGGAGGAUACGGUGGGGUUGGGGGCUGUUGUUCCUGAGGUUAAGGAUAAGAGUGGAGAUAAAGGUGGGAGGGGGAGGGUGCAGAAGAAGAAGAAGGUGUUGAAUGCGAAGGAGGUGAGGAAGGGACAGUUGGAGGAGAGGAAGAAGGGGGAGAGGUUACGGGAGUUGUUUUUCCAGGAUGAGGAUGUGUUGAGGUAUCUUCAUGGGAAGUAG